AUGGUAUUUAUGAAGAGGAAGCAUGAGGAGCUCGAGAUCAAGAAAAGUGCCUAUGGCGAUGGAAACAGGUGGUUCAGAGGGUCCAUCAUCGGAAAAUCAAGCAGCGGACCUGUUUAUUUGGCGACUUUGAAGAAACCCAAGUGGAGACUCACCCACUUGCCUGUACUAAUGGCGGUCAAGUCCGCUGAGGUUUCUGAUUCGGCUUUGCUUCAGAGGGAAUCACUUGUUCUUAGGAACUUCCAUGCCUGUCCCUACAUCUAUCGUUGCUUUGGGGAAGAGGUUUUCACCAGUGAUCGCAAUCAGAUGGUAUAUAACCUUCUGUUGGAGUAUGGUUCUGGCGGAACCCUAGCUGAUGUGAUCAAGAAAACUGGUGGCAACGGAUUGCCUGAAUCUGAUGUUAGGCGCUACACAAGGUAUAUUCUUGAAGGUCUUGAUUGUGUUCAUAGCGCUGGUUAUGUUCACCGUGCUCUAAAGCCUGAGAAUAUCAUCAUUGUUCCGAUCAUUACUAGUACUGGCACUGAAUAUAUCGCAAAGAUUGGUGAUUUGGGGUUGGCAAAGAAAUCAAAGCAAGCGAGGAAGAUAUUGACAAUGCCAUAUAAACUGAGAGGAAGUCUCCAGUAUUCGUCACCGGAGACAAUGGUUGAUAAAGGGCUACAACAAGAGCCUCCCUCUGAUGUUUGGGCCCUUGGGUUGAUUGUGUUUGAGAUGUUAACUGGGAAGUCAGUGUGGGAUGGGAAACAAGAUUCAGAAGUUGAGGACAUUCUCUCUGAGAUUGGUAAAGGGCAUGGAGUGCUCAAACUACCCGGUAAGACUGAGGUAUCAGAGGAGGCAAUGGACUUUUUGAAGGGUUGUUUGGCUGGGAAAGCUAUGGAUAGAUUGACUGCUCAUAUGCUCUUGGAUCUCCCUUUUGUGGCCGGAUUGGACUACGCGGCUGAUGAUGAACUCAGUUCAUACGCCUUCCCAGAUUAUUGGAACUAUAGGGUGAUCAAAAAACCAAAGGUGGAUGGAGAGGCAGUUAGGGUUUGCUCGUCCUUGUCAUAUGAUGCAGUAGAUGACGCUGGACUCAGUUCUUCUUUCUUUUCGGAUCAUUGGAGCAACAUGCCAUUGGAGGCUGAGGAAUUGGAGGAAAUUGCAGAGCCUGGGAGCGUUUAUUUGACAUUGAUCAAUGAUAUAGCCAUCUUGAACUCACCUGGUAAGUUUAACACUAAAGACAUGUCACAUCAAUGGAAUUUUCAUCCCUGA